AUGUGGAAACGUUUCAGGUUAUGGAAGCGGAGGCUCCCCCCGUGCUCCUGGGGUCCCUUCCGCCAGUGGGCUCUUGUUGCGAUGUCCUGCCAGGAGACGCUCGAAGAAAUCCUUCGCGAGAGCCUGUCGCUUGGGUUGGCACCCGUCGACAAGAUCAGCCGCCCGCAUACUCACCUAGUCAACGCUGUGCAUGGCUGUUGUCAGAUCCUGGAGAAUACUAGCCCAGUCCAGGAUCUUUUUGUACCCGUGCACGAUGGCUUUCUGGCACCGGCGGUAGACCUCAGCGAGAUAUGCAAUAUCAUUUACUGGAUGGCGCACAUUCAAGCCGCCAAAAAGCUCUCGAUUGCAAUGCUACGUCAUUGGGAUCAUCGUUACCUCCCAAGUCUGGUGACAGGACCAGCCAUUCGCGAAGCAUCCCAAAAAGUUCUUUCGCUGGAGCUGUGCAGCUUCCGAUUUUGGAACCUUGUUGACCUUGCGGAACGGAAAGAGACCGACUUGCCAGCCAUAGUAAACACGUUGAAUGUCGAAGAUCGUCGUCGAGCAUUGCGCCAUAAACACCAUGACAAGUGUGCAGCCACAAAAUGUCAGUACUCACAUAAGGACAGUACGAAAGUUGAUCAACUCCAUAUAUGCGAGUCCGACUGUGGACGUUAUGCCUUCCCAAUGGAUGAGCUGGGGGAGGCCUUGGAACUCGGACACACCACCGCCUGGUCCCGAGACGUUGGAGUCGUUAAGCCGCCGCACCUCCACAAUCCAGAUAAACCAUACAUCGCCAUAUCGCAUGUCUGGGCGGAUGGGACUGGUGUAGGUGUACAACAAAUCCAGGGAAUGGUCAAUAAGUGUCUGUUUGACUAUUUCUCAGGGAUUGCCAAAUCUCUAGGCUGCGAUGGCGUGUGGUGGGAUGCGUUAUCCAUUCCCUUAGAGCCCAAGGCACGGUCAAAAGCCAUCGCAACACUGCACAAAAACUACUCGACCGCAGAGUACACUGUUGUGCACGAUUUGUAUUUGACAAACAUGGCGUUCAAAGAUCCUGCAACCGCCUGUCUGGCUAUCGUGCUCUCUCCUUGGUUUACUCGCGGUUGGACAGCGCUGGAACUGCGAAUGUCUACCAAGGUCGUGGUUUUGUUCAAAGGUCCCAAAAAGGACGAACCAGUGAUCAAGGAUCUGGACGCCGACAUCUUGGCGAAAAGUCCAGGGCGUGUUUCCCGGACUCACUGGCUUGCAUCGACUAUCAUAUCCCGUCUUCGCAGGUUAGAGAUCAACUAUAUCGACGACAUCCUCGCAAUCCUACGGCCUCGUAGCACUUCAUGGGUGCGAGAUAGAACGGUUAUCGCUGCGCUUCUCACGCAAAUUCCAAACUGCGAUUUUUCUGGUAGUGAAGGCGCAAUGACCCGCGGUAUCAUAUUACAUUUGGGCUUCGUGCCCUGA